AUGGGCCGCUACGACUUCCGCCCGAUGCGAGUCCGCCAGACGGCAAAAGCGCUCUUCGACGCAAAACGCAACCCCAGCCUGCCCCAAUGGUACGACAUCGUCGGCGAUAUUCCGCCUAGCGAGACGCUUGCCCGCCCCGUCCAGCGAGCGCCGCGGCCGAAAGGCAAGAAACCGAGCAGAAUGUUCCAGCCGCUGCCCAUCAGAUACCCAGAGGACAAGCUGCGAUCAGAAUUCUUCGGCGACCACCCGUGGGAGCUGGCGCGGCCGAGACUUGUAGUGGAGGAUAGCGGGAACGAUGCAAAGGGCUACGACUGGAGCAAGAUUGAGCAGCCGGGGAAGCAGCUGGACGGCGAGAGCGUCGUCCAGCGCCAAAUGUGGCUCAUGAAGCACCAACAUCUCUCAAAGCCCGCCGCCUACGACAUCGCCCGCCGCGAAUUCUACCAGCACCGCCAUCUCGAGGACAUCCGGCGGCGCGUCGCAAAGGAGGAAGCACUGCACGUAGGGGCAUACUUCGGCAAGGGGCCGCUGCAAAUUGGCAUGGAGCUUGAAGAUCAGACAUGGGAGAGCUGGAAGAGGUGGGCUGCCAGGCAGAUCGAGGACGAGCAGUCGAUGCGCGCGCAGAUGUUCUCCGGUCCGCAGACCGACGGCGAGGACAUGAGCGGAGAGGAAUUUGAUGCUGCUAUGAGCGAGCUCCAGCCCGCAGUCCCACAGUCAAAAGAGGGGCAGCCGGCUUUGGGUGGUGCGGCGGCGCAUCCGUGA